AUGGCGCUCUUUCGCCAGGCAUGGACUCUGACCAAGAAGAACUUGUUGGUGGUCUUUGUAAGGCACUGGUUCUUCACGACCAUCCGAGCAUUUCUGGCCCCGAUCGUAUUUAUGUUUAUAAUUUCCUAUGCUAAGAACUUUUUCGUCCCUCCCUCCCAAUACGGUAUCGGCUCACCCACUUCUAUACGAAGUCUCUCCGAUGCCCUCGCCGCGUCGACUGGCAAUCACAACAAAGUAGUCUUUGUAAACAACGGCUUCACCGGUGGAGAAAUCGAGAGCGUUAUAAGCAACAUCUCUGCGCAGGUCCAGGCGGCCGGAAAGACUGUGGAAGUAGUCCAGGAGGAAGACGACCUGCUCACGAGCUGUGCCAGCUCCUUGCGAGGCGCCACAACCUGCUAUGGUGCCGUGGUAUUCAACUCGUCGCCGAAUGAAGGGACUCAAGGGGUCUGGAACUAUACACUCCGGGCCGAUGGGGCUUUUGGCGAGAAGAUCUAUGUCGACAAGACGGACAAUGAUGUUGAGAUCUAUAUUCUCCCUCUGCAGCGGGCGGUCGACUCGGCCAUUGGGUUCGUCUCCGGCAAUGGUUCGUCGUCCGCUUUGUCGCAAAUGGGGACCAUCGACGAGUACCCCUUUACAGAUUUGACAUCGAAACAACGAGAUGCCCUCAUCCGCCGACUGUACAUGGGGGCCCUCAUCAAUAUUCUGGCUGUGGCUUAUUUUAUUGGUAUAUGUGGAGUCACUUAUCAGCUCACGGGGCAGAUGGCCUCCGAGAGGGAACUUGGGAUCUCGCAGCUGGUGGAGGCUAUGACGCCCUCGACAAGGCGCUGGCAUACCCAAGCAGCACGUCUGCUCUCAAACCACCUCGCGUUCGACAUCAUCUACAUUCCUGGAUGGAUCAUCAUGGGUGCCAUCCUGAGGGCCCUGUCGUUCAUCCAUACGAGCUGGGGAAUCCUUAUCAUCUACCACAUCCUGGCGGGACUGGCGCUCUCCAGCUUCUCCAUCCUUGGUGCCAGCCUCUUUAAUAAGGCACAGCUUUCCGGCAUCACCGUGACUAUGGUGUGUGUCAUUCUCGCCAUCAUCGCCCAGGUCUCUGGACCUUUCGCCACAGGAGCCACAGCCGUCCUCAGCCUCAUCUUUCCUUCGAUGAAUUAUGUCUUCUUUAUCAUCUACCUAGCCCGGUUCGAGAAGAUCUCGACUGCUGCCAAUCUUGCAAAGGGUGCACCGAGUGGUCCUUCUACUCUGCCUGGAAUUGUCUUCUGGGUUUUGUUGAUAAUACAGAUCAUCGUCUACCCGUUUCUCGGCGCGCUUGUUGAGAGAUGGUUGUAUGGUACGGUGUCCAAAGAGAGGAAAACCACCACAUCGUCUCUAGACCAUGCCAUCGUCCUUUCCAACUUUUCAAAGCACUGGGUGCCGAGUUGGUUCCGGAGAAAAGUGCUCGCAAAAUUCGGCCUCACAGUACCUGAAACCGUCUACGCAGUCAACGACCUCAACCUCAAGGCUCGACGCGGGCAAAUCCUGGUGCUUCUCGGGGCCAACGGCAGUGGCAAGAGCACGACGCUCGACGCCAUCUCUGGUCUAAACACGAUUACCAGCGGCUCUAUCGAGAUCGACGGAACUGGAGGGCUCGGGCUGUGUCCUCAAAAGAAUGUCCUGUGGGACGAGCUCACCGUGUUUGAGCAUAUCAAGAUCUUCAACCAGUUAAAGUCAUCAUCAAAAGGCGGGAGAGACCAGAGAGAUCAGAUCGAACAACUCAUACGGGCGUGCGAUUUGGGUCACAAGAUCAAGGCGAAAUCCAAGACGCUCUCUGGUGGCCAGAAGAGAAAGCUUCAGCUGGCUAUGAUGUUCACUGGUGGCAGCAAGGUCUGUUGCGUCGAUGAGGUCUCGUCGGGCCUGGAUCCCUUGUCUAGGCGAAAGAUCUGGGAUAUCUUACUGGCUGAGCGUGGCGAGAGGACCUUUCUUCUCACUACACACUUCCUUGACGAGGCUGAUGUUUUGUCUGAUUACGUUGCCAUCAUGUCAAAGGGUUACCUUAAGACAAAAGGCACCGCAGUCCAGCUGAAGCACGAGGUGGAUGUUGGCUAUCGCAUUUCGGUACCAAAAGCACAGGGGUUCACUGCCGACGACUCGGUUCUCCACGACGAGACGGAAGACAAGGUGGUGUAUUGGCUUCCCAACUCAGCCGAGGUGUCAAAAUUCAUCAGCAGACUUAGUUCCAGUCAAGUGCAGGAUUACGAUAUUCUGGGACCGACUCUGGAGGACGUCUUCCUAACCUUGGCAGAUGAGAUCCGCGAGAGCGGACUGGAAGACGAGUUGUCACCAGGUGUUCGUCUCACAAACAAAGCACAACCAGUCGACAAGCCAUCAGCCCAUUCUGAGACCUCCUCGACAAAAGACGAGGGCAUGCGGAUGACCCAAGGACAGGGCACAAGCAUCCCAAGACAGACUUUGAUUCUCAUCCGAAAAAGAUUCACGAUUUUGCGACGCAACUAUCUACCAUACCUGGCUGCGUUUCUUGUGCCAGUCAUCACGAGUGGAUUGGUCACUCUAUUCUUGCGGGACUUUUCAGCAGUUGGGUGCAAUCCUGGUGACCAGGCCAGCAACCCAACCUCAUAUGAUCUCAGUUCUCUCGACAUAACUCCCUUGGUUCCUCUGGGACCCUCGAGCCUGUUAAGCAUCGAUACCCUCACUAACCGCACUGGGCUCAACGCCACCGCUUUUCACCUCGUCGAUACACUCGAUGAGUUUAACGACUACAUUGCUACAAAUUUCCAAAACGUCACACCUGGCGGAUUCUUCCUGCAGCCGAAUCAGAACCCCGAGGCCGUCAUGGCGUAUAUUGGUAACGGCGAUGUCAGCUUUGGCCUCGUCACCCUUAAUGCCCUCUCCAACGUUGUCGAGGGGGUUCCCAUCACGACGUCAUUCCAGUCCUUCGCCGUCCCUUUUGCCCCGAGCGCGGGCAAGACGUUGCAGCUCAUCCUGUAUUUCGGGCUAGCAAUGUCUGUAUACCCGGCCUUCUUCGCGUUGUAUCCCUGCGUGGAACGUUUGAGGAACGUUCGAGCAUUACAUUACAGCAACGGCAUCCGAGCUGGGCCUUUGUGGCUGGCCUAUCUGAUAUUCGAUUUUCUGUUUGUACUGGUCAUCAGCGCCGUCGUUACUGGAAUUUUUGUCGGAGCCUCAAGCGUGUGGUACGCGCCUGGAUAUCUCUUCGUGGUCUUCUUUUUGUACGGCAUGGCUUCGAUCCUGUUGUGCUACGUGAUUUCUCUUUUCACGCCUUCGCAACUCGCCUGCUUUGCCACCGCUGCAGGUGGCCAGGCUGUCCUGUUCCUCUUGUACUUCAUCAUGUACAUGAGCAUCAUCACAUACACGCCUGCCUACCGCAUCACCUCGGACCUGACGACAGCUCACUUUGCCUAUUCCAUCAUCACGCCCGCAGGAAGCUUGUUGCGAUCUCUCCUCCUGACACUCAACGAAUUCUCACUCCUCUGUGACGGCACAUCGAUCGCCUCAUAUCCUGGACAGCUCACAAUCUACGGUGGUCCCAUCCUCUAUCUUCUCGUCCAGUCUUUGGUACUCUUCACCAUCCUCGUCUGGUUCGACAGCGGAUACAAGCCAUCCAUCCUCACCACCCUCUCCCGGCCAGCCCUAUCCGAUUCCUCCUCCUCCAUCAAUGACCCCGCCGUAGCUCUCGAGACAAAGCGCAUAGAAGCCCAAACCCCUCCAGACACUGACAGCCUCCGCGUCCGACACCUGAAUAAGUUCUUUGGCCGUGCUAAUCACGCAGUCCAAGACAUGACCUUUGGUGUCCCGCGAGGAGAGGUAUUUGCCCUCCUGGGGCCCAACGGCGCAGGCAAGUCGACCACCAUCUCCCUCAUCCGCGGCGACAUCCGACCCUCCUCCUCCGCAGGCGGAUUACUUCUAGCCGGUGGUGGCCUUCCCCCAGGCGACGUCCUAGUCUCGGACCUGUCCAUCUCUGCACAGCGCGCCGCAGCCCGUCAGCACCUCGGCGUGUGUCCCCAGUUCGACGCCAUGGACAGCAUGACGGUGCGAGAACAUCUCUUCUUCUACGCCUCGGCAAGGGGUGUUCCUGACGUCCAGGCCAAUGUUGAGGCUGUCCUGGCCGCCACAGGGCUGGGCCGCUUCUCGGAACGGCUCGCGCACAAGCUGUCGGGCGGGAACAAGCGGAAGUUGUCGCUGGGAAUCGCGCUCAUGGGGAACCCUGCUGUGCUGUUGCUGGACGAGCCCAGCAGCGGGAUGGAUGCUGCGGCCAAGAGGGCCAUGUGGCGGACCUUGCUGGGGGUUGCAGCUCCUGGACGGGCGCUGCUGAUUACUACGCACUCUAUGGAGGAGGCGGACAGGCUUGCUACGCGGGUUGGCAUCAUGAAGAGGCGCAUGUUGGCGCUUGGCACGGGAAAAGAGCUGGGCCAGCGGUGGGGAGAGGGAGUGGUGGUGCAGGUUGUGCUGAAGAGCGCCCCGAGCACUACGGAGGAAGAGAUGGACCGGGUGAAGUCGUGGUUGGCAAGGAGAGUGGCGGGGUGUGAGUUUGAGAAAUGGGGUGCUGGGGGCGGUGCGCAUGGGUUGUUGAGAUUUAGGGUGAGGAACGAGGGUGUGGCUGACAGGGAGAAGAAGAAUGAGAAAGCUGGCGUCGAUAUGGGACAGAGGGAUGCUGACGGCUCGGUGGGAGACAAAGAUACGGGCAGCACAGCCGAGAGGUUGGAUACACCUGGACUCAUCCAACUGUUCGAAGCUCAUAGGGACGAGCUGAACAUUGAGUACUACAGUGUCAGUCCCACAACCUUGGACGAAGUUUUUCUUAGGGUUGUUGGGCGGGAGGAGGAGGAUGACCGCGAAACUUCGACACGAAAGCGGUUCUGGCACUGGCGUUGA